CAGCCCAGUUUUGUUGGAUUCUGUGAUUAGCCACCGCGUCGACAGCCUCUGCUGCGUACGUGCCAGAGGAAAACAGUCGCACCUGCACGCAUAAAUACACAUCGAUUCGCCAUACAUGUUAUUGGUUGGACCAAGAAGCAGCGUCUUCUUCCUCCUCAGCGCUGGAAACCAUGGAGAAACCAUUGCCAACUGCACCCUACCACUCCCUCGCACUCACAGAGCCCGUCGUGCACCUCUUCAACAAGACCAUCUCCAUGGGGGUCGUCCUGAAGAAUAAGAUAUCCAUGGGGUUCCUCUUCCGGCACCCAGCGCCGUGCGCAUCGGGGGUCGUCGAUCGUGUCAGACCCGGCGACUCGGCCGACGCUAGCGAGGCGCCCGAGUUGACCAGAGAAGACGUGGAGACGGUGAUGGAGAUCAUUACGGGCAUGCCUUGCGGCGCGGACGGUGAGCAGCUCGAGGAGAUGCGUGGCGUGUUUGAGGGGGAGGAGCCGAGCUUGGAGGAAGUGGCGGAGGCGUUCUCCGUCUUCGAUGAUGACGGUGACGGGGUCAUAGAGCCCCUGGACCUGCAUCGUGUUCUCUGCAAGCUGGGCUUCCCGGAGGGGGCGGCAUUGGAGGCAUGCCGACGGAUGAUCGCGGCGUACGACGAGAACGACGACGGGAGGAUCGAUUUCAAGGAGUUCAUCAAAGUUGUGGAGGGCAGCUUCUUUGAUUAAUUAUUCUUCCUUUUCUUCUUGUCGUCAUCAUCGUCACAUCUAUCAUUGCGCAAGCAAUUAAAACAAACCUAAUUUCGAGCAUGAUUGAGACUCGAACUCUAAAAUCAUCAAAAGUGUUAUGGUAAAUAACUUUUUUAGCCGUGGCCUCGGGUUCGACACAGCUCGUUCUGGGGUCCGAAUGGCGGGGAUCUUGCGCGGCGUGCCUCGGGUCCUUUCGGUGGUCGAUCGUGGUGAUCUGGAUGUCCCGUCAGGGGGAGAGCUCUGUCGUAGCGUCGGGGAAGAGGCAACCU